AUGAAGCCCACAUACGUUGUAAUUGGUGGUGGAAUCAGUGGCCUCGCAGCUGCUUAUCAGCUCUGUCGGAGGGGACACAAGGUCCUUUUAGCUGAGUCGUCCACGCGUUUUGGCGGCUGGAUCCAAUCCAUACCUCUCGGAGAUGGGAUCGUAUAUGAGACAGGUCCGCGGACCCUGCGACCCACGGGUGAAUCGGGUCGCUCUACUCUCUUACUCCUUGAUGAACUAGACAUGACUGGCUCAGCAAUAGCUGUCCCAAGAACAGCCAAGGCUGCCCGUCGACGACUAGUCUGCAUCGACAACCACUUGUAUCCCAUAAAGACCGGUCUAAGUGCUUUCUUCUUUCCACAUGCCCCAUUCUAUGUUCCAUUGCUGAGUGUCAUUCUGAAAGACCUUUCUACUUCGAGGAAGGCAUGUGAUGAUGAGAGUCUGUAUGAUUUUACAUAUCGGCGUUUCGGUAAACGCAUCGCCGACAAUGGAAUCGACCCAUUGUGUCGCGGAGUGACCGGUGGGGAUGCUCGAGAGAUCAGUGUCAAGGCCAUCUUUCGCCCGUUAUUCGAGGCAGAACAGAAUUACGGGACGGUGUUCGGUGGAAUGUUGAGAAAAGUAAAGUUGCCAGAAGUUGACAUUAAGUUCAGCCCCCACGGUACCGAGCACGUCGAUUCCACGUCUCCCAGCGUGAUCCGCAGCCGCAAAGAACAUUGGGCUGUUUGGAGCGUCAAUGGAGGACUCCAAAUGCUGGUUGAGGGUCUACUCCGCUCGUUGCGGUCUCACCAAGCCGAACUAUAUCUUGGAACUCCAUGUCAGCGCCUGGAGUUUCGGGACGGUGUUGCGAAAGUGGAUCUAGGACGGACGACGAUUCAGACUCGUCACGUCUUCAGUGCCGUCCCUGCUCCCGCUCUGGCCGGGUUGCUCGGCGAAGAGCAUUACGUUUUAAAGCAACUUCUGAACACCAUUCAGUCUGUGGACAUGGGUGUGGUGAACCUCGAAUACGAGGGGAAGGUGCUCAAGCGAGAGGCAUUUGGGUAUUUAGUACCAUCGCAUCAGGGUGGACGAGCGUUGGGCACCGUAUUCGACACCUGUGCCUUCCCGCAGAAAAACUCCACCAUCCUAACCGUGAUGCUGGGUGGUCGAUGGUUCCAGAGUGUCUUCGGCGAUGAUCCUUCGUCAGAUGACCUUCUGGAAGCCGCAAAGGAGGAGGUAGAACUAAGACUUGGAAUCAAAGUUCCGCCGAAGCGUUACCAUGUGUCUUUGCAUCGGGGCUGCAUCCCGCAGCAUACCGUUGGGCAUUACGAGAGGCUGGUCGGUAUGAGGGACUACAUUCGGGAUCACUGCCUCCCGCUUACCAUCAUCGGAGCUUCCUACGAUGGCAUCAGUGUCAACGAUUGCAUCCAUCAUUCACGCAAGGCUGUGAACGAGCUCAAUCUCGUUUAGGCUCACACCCUUCUUGUGUUUUUGGUGCUUUUUCGUUUGGUGAUGUGCGUUAGGGGAAUAAAGGUUUUAAGUUGCAAUAAAA